GUCUUCCAGUCACAGUUCACCGGUUGCUUUCCGACAAUUAACAGCCUCGGCAGUGAAAACCUCAGUGUGCGAGUGUGUUUUGUGUGUGUAGAAGGAGAAGGAUUUAUUUGCUCAAAAAGGACUUGGCAGUGUGCGCAGUGUGUUUGUGAGAACCGCCGUGUGAUCGCAAGACAGCUAACAGAAACAAAAAAACAAAACAAACAGAAGCAAAAGAAACGCAAUGAAGCAGUUCUAUGUGUUGUUCGCCGUCCUGGCCGUGGCCGUUGCCGCCCCAUCCUCCGAAGCCGACGGAAUACUAACCUCCGCCCUGAAGUUCGUGCGGGACUGUGGCGAAAAGUCGAUUGUGCUGUGCGCCAAGGAGCGUGCACUACGCCUGGCUGACGCCGCCGAAGGCGACUUCGAGAUCACCGACGGUAUCAAGUUUGUCCAGACCGAGCAGGCAGUCGGCAAGGGCCGCUCCCUGAACGACAUCUCCCUGCCCGCUGAGCCGGAGGCCCGCGAAUCCGAGAUCGAUGGACUGCUCGUUGAGCGUGCCGCCCGUUUCCUUGGCACCCACACCCUCCAGUUCCAGGUACCGAAGGAAUCGAUCGAGGACAUGCAGCGCUCGCUGGAUGAAGCUCGUGGCAAGAAGAAGAAGGUCAAGAAGCUGCUCCUCCCUCUGCUCCUCCUCCUCAAGUUGAAGGCCGCCGCUCUGCUGCCGCUCGCCCUCGGUGCCCUCGCCCUGAUCGCCUUCAAGGCCCUGAUCGUCGGAAAGAUCGCCCUCAUCCUGUCCGCCAUCAUCGCGCUCAAGAAGCUGUUCGACAAGAAGGGCGAACAGAGCUACGAGGUUGUUGCCCACCCGCACUACUCGCACUCGAGCUCGUACGACGAUCACCACGGAUACGCCCGCUCCAUGGACGCCGCCCAGAACCUGGCCUACGGCGCUCACGCUCAGUAAGCUUGCCAUAUUGUAGCGAGAAGCCAACGCGUACCCCCCGUGUACACGCACACACACACAGACCAACACACCCCGCAACAGUUUACCGUCGUACAGAGCCCGGCAGAGGGGCGAAAUGGUGGGGUUAAGGCUUUUUCCCGCGCUCUGAAUGGGAAUUGCCGCUGCGCCACCGACGCCCCGAUACCAACCACUGGGAGACAGGGUUCCGGAUUCGUCCACCCUCCCCACAGCAAAAAGCCCCCUCCCCUGUUCAGAACGUUGUCCCAGCCCAGUGCCGGUCCCCGAAUCGUAUUGGGGAUGUGGUUUUGGGUUUUGGCAUCGUCCGCAACGGACUCACACCACUAGUGGCAGGAGAUAGUUUUACAAGAGUGAGAGAGAAAGAUAAAAGAUAAACAGAGAGAGAGAGUGACAAACAGCGAGGGACACAGGAAUCGGGAUGGACUUGCCGUGGCACGCCGCGGAACGGGAGUGCCCAGAGCGAGCCUAGAUUAAUUUAAUUUAUUUUGCAAAACAACCCCCCCUCACACACACGCUCGCUCGUAGCCGGCCCUCCCUUCUUUCCGGGGCGUGUCCCGUUGCAGUCCCGUGCGCAAACACAAACAAUUUCUAACUCCCGCCCGCCCGCCUCUGCACACCGGCUAGCGCUCCCCUGGACGCACUAGCACGCGUGGACGAAGGACGUAUUUAAAUUAAUUUAUUAACCGCCAGGAUCAGGUCAGGUGUGCGCCCUUUGGGUUCUUUGUUCUUUGUGAACGAGAUAUUUAUUGUGAGCUCUAACAUGAUCCUUUCUUUUCAA